AUAGGAGUCCCUGUGCUGAGAACCCAGUUUAGCUCAGAGCUGAGGUCUGAACUCCACCUUGAGGCAGAAUGAGUUUCACCCCAGGAUCUCUGCUUCUCCUCCUGAUGGUCUGCAGCCUUUCUCCAGUCCAUGGUGUCCUGGAAGCCUACAACACAAACUUAAAAUGUAAAUGCGUCAAACGGACCUUAGAUACUUUCUCCUUCCGCCACAUUGAUCGGAUUCGAAUCCUGCCUCCUGGGAAUGGGUGCCCAAACAAAGAAAUCAUAAUCUGGACAAAGAAUAAGUCAAUCAUAUGCUUGAAUCCUCAAAGUACAUGGACACAAAGAUUCAUGAAAGCAUUACAGAAAAGAAAACUACCAACUCCACCAGCAACGGUGUUUAAGGAAAAGAUUGCCUGAUGCCAACAUCCCUGCUAAGGGCACCUGCCUUCCCCACUCAUUCCUGCUCCGUGUUAUAAUUUUGUGCUUGGUUGAAUCUUUUCCAAGAAAAAGAACUUCUUCAUACAAGCAGGAGAACAUACUAAAAAUAACCCUGCAGAAGCUGAUGGGGCAAAGUUAAACUUUUUUCUAAAACAGUACCCACAUAUUUGGACUUUGCAUUCUUACUCAUCAGGGAGGAAAGUUUCUUUGAGGAUAGUUAUUUAGUUAUAAAUCAUAUAGGCUUCUUUUGAUAAUAUACCUAUUAUUAAUGCUAAAUUUUCCAAGAAAAUAAGAGAAUGAAAAUUUAAACCUCACUCCUGAACAUGUGGUUUGAAUUAAGAAGGAAAUGAUGGAAUGCAUUUCAGUCAUUUUGCUGCCUAGGAAAAGCAGGCUUCCAUAAGAGACUUGAAAAGCUGCCUGGGAAAUCCAUGGAACCUCAGCCUGACAAGAGGGUUAGAGGGCUCUGCAUAGUAGAUGUCCUUCCAUUUAAAGGCUCACUAUUCAGAGGAAUGGGGUCCUUCUACUUUUAAAUAGUUCCUUUAUGAGAUUUGUUGUUACAAAUAAAAACUAAUAACAUUCAAAGAUCCCCAGACUUAAAUUCAUACUAUUUUCAGGAAAAGCAUUUAAAGGGUGAUGUUCAGAUGUAUUCUUUUAGACAUUUGCUUAGACAAACUUUUUUUACUCAUAUCUUUUACAUGGGCUUUUUUUUAAUUUGGUCUCUGUUAUCAAAUUCUUUAAUGCUUUCCAUUAAUCUAAUGCUAUUCAAUAAACUUGAGCAAACAUUUUACUGAA